CAAAGGGGCAGUCACAGCUGACUCUGUGGUCUGAAGUUUCCUCUUCUGGGCAUGUGGCCCUUUCUUCUUACCACAGGCUUCCUGUCUCAGCUUCCUCUGCCCUCUCACAGCUGCAGUUUUCUCUUCUCUCUCAGAGGGACCCUGGAAGGAGGACCAUCCCAGGGCAGGAGGACAGAAUGUUGCUGCAUCUGCUGCUGCUGCUGCCUGUGCUGUGGGGAGUGCCCACGGCUCAGGAUCAGAGGUACCAGCUGAAACUACGGGAGUCCGUGACAGUGCAGGAGGGCCUGUGUGUCCUCGUGCCCUGCAAAUUUUCCUUUCCCUGGACUGCCUUUGGAACCUUCCACGUGUUUUGGUUCCGGAAAGGGGAGGAUAGAAACCGUAAUUCACUGGUGGCCACAAACAAAAGAGAACAGAAGCUGCAGGAGAGCACCCAGGGCCGGUUCUUCCUCCUCGGAGACCCCCAGGCCUACGACUGCUCCCUGAGCAUCAGAGACGUCAACAUGGGGGACAGUGGGACCUACUUCUUUCACAUGGAGGAUGCCUUGAGGAAACACUCGUAUCUAGAUAAGACGCUCUCUCUGCAUGUGACAGCUUUGACCCAGAGGCCCGAAAUCCUUAUCUCGGGGCCCCUGGAAUCUGGCCUCCCCAGGAACCUGACCUGCUCUGUGCCCUGGGCCUGUGAGCAGGGCACGCCCCCCAUCUUCUCCUGGACAUCAGCUGCCCUCACCUCCCUGGGCCCCAGGACCCACCUCUCCUCUGUGCUCACCCUCACCCCAUGGCCCCAGGACCACAGCUCCAGCCUGAUCUGUCAGGUGAAGUUCCCUGCAGCUGGUGUGACUGUGGAAAGGACCAUCCAACUCAACAUCACCUAUGCUCCACAGAACACGGCCAUCAGCAUCUCCCAAGGAAACAGCACAGCUCUCAAGAUCCUGCAAGACGCCUCGCCCCUCCCUGUCCUGGAGGGCCAGGCUGUGAGGCUGCUCUGUGUUGCUGACAGCAACCCACCUGCAGAGCUUAGCUGGUUCUGGGGGUCCUCAGCCCUGAAUGCCACCCCCAUCUCCUCCACUGCCAUCCUGGAGCUGCCUCGCGUAGGGACUACAGGGGGAGACUUCACCUGCCUCGCUCGGCACCCGCUGGGCUCCCAAAAUGUCUCUGUGAGCCUCUCUAUGGUCUGUAAAUCAGAACCCAGGGCAAGGUGGGUCCUGGGAGCAGUCGGGGGAGCUGGCAUCAUGGCCCUGCUUUCUCUCUGCCUCUGUCUCCUCUUCAGAGUGAAGACCUGCAGGAAUAAGGCAGCCCAGCCAGUGCAGAGCAUGGACAACGUGAACCCAGUCGAGGGCUCAGGCUCCGGGGCUCAUCAGCACCAGGUCUGGACAGACUCCCCUUCAGACCACCCAGCCCCUGCAGGGGCGAGCCCCGUCUCAAGAGAGGAACAGGAGCCCCACUAUUCUCUCCUCCAAUUUCCCAAGCCUCAGGAACAAAAAGGCACCAACACUGAGUACGCAGAGAUCAAGACACACAAGUGA